AGCUUUUAACAGACCUGGACCUAGGAAGUACCAGAUCCGAAAACAGAUAGCUCUUUAAAUUUUACUGCCAAACUAUACACCACCGUUACUCCGUCAAAACCUUCAGGAAAGCAGAGCACAGCACCGCUGAAACAGGUGGUUUCUAUGGCGAACCGCUCGCUCUUUACCACUCUAAUAAGACGCGUCAAGCAUCAACUCGGAGCAACAAGUCCGUGGAGACCCAUAUCCUCAAAAUCAUCACCACUAAACGUUACUGCACAAUCUGGAAUCGGCAACAAAGACCUUAUGAGCGAGAUUCUGAGGCUCAAAUCCCCAAAGCGCAGCGCAAUUACCUUGCUUCAGAAUCGAGCCGAGCAAGGCCACAAGCUCUCAAUCUCCGAGCUUCGACGCAUCACCAGGCAACUAAUUAAGUCUAAACGCCAUGACCACGCACUCGAGAUAGUAACAUGGAUGGAAAAUAGAAAUGGUUUCCGGAUGUCACCGGGCGAUCAUACUGUCAAACUGGAAUUAAUCAUCAAAGUGUGUGGUUUAAGAGAGGGUGAAGACUAUUUUACACGAUUAAUUGACAGUGCUUCGAAGAAAGCGGCAUGUCUAGCUCUUCUUCAUGGUUAUGUCAAAGAGAGGGACACCAAGAAUGCUGAGGCUCUAAUGGUGAAGUUGAGUGGGAUGGGACUGAUUGUGACUACUCAUCCUUUUAAUGAGAUGAUGAAGCUGUAUAUGGCCACAUCUCAGUGUGAGAAAGUGCCGCUUGUCAUUCAACAGAUGAAGCGAAACAAUCUACCCCGAAAUGUUCUGUCUUACAACCUUUGGAUGAAUGCAUGUGGUGAGGUAUCUGGGGUUGCUUCAGCGGAAAUGGUUUACAAAGAAAUGGUGAGUGAUAAGAACAUACAAGUUGGAUGGAGCACCCUUUCGACUCUGGCUAACGUUUAUAUAAAGGCAGGACUUGUUGACAAGGCUAUUUUGGUCCUCAAGAAUGCAGAAGAGAAGCUGUCUACUUGUAACCGGCUUGGUUAUUUCUUCCUCAUUACGCUGUAUGCCUCUUUGAAUGAUAAGGAGGGAGUAUUGAGGCUCUGGGAAGGUAGCAAAGCAGUAGGAGGGAGAAUCACAUGUUCCAAUUACAUGUGUGUACUGUCAUGCUUGGUGAAGCUAGGUGAUAUUGUAGAGGCUGAGAGAAUUUUUAUGGAAUGGGAAUCUAGUUUCCGGAAUUAUGACAUUAGAGUCUCCAAUGUACUUCUAGGUGCUUAUAUGCGGAGUGGAAUGAUAGACAAAGCUGAGUCGUUGCAUCUUCACACAUUGGAGAGAGGUGGGUGUCCAAAUUACAAGACUUGGGAGAUUCUCAUGGAGGGAUGGGUGAAAAGCCAAAACAUGGUCAAAGCCAUUAAUGCCAUGAAGAAAGGAUUUGCUAUGUUGAAGCAUUGUGAUUGGAGGCCAUCACAUGGUAUUCUAAUGGCCAUGGCGGAGUACUUUGAAAAGCAUGGGAGUUUUGAAGAUGUAAAUUGGUAUAUUAGACUUAUCCACCGUUUUGGUCUUGCAAGUUUACCUUUGUAUAAAUCAUUGCUUAGAAUGCACCUUCAAGCUAAGAGACCAGCUUUUGACAUCCUUAAGAUGAUGGAGAAAGAUAAAAUCGAGAUGGAUGAUGAGACUUCUGCACUUGUUCAAGCCUUCAAUGUUUAAGCAAAGUUGUUGCCAGGGAUUAAGUCCUAGUGGCUUCUAGCAAAGACAUGGAAUACAGUUCAUAUUUUUGGAUUGCCUGAUUUGGGUUUAAAGAUUCACGAGGAAAAAUUGACGCAUGAGGUGAAAUCAUUAACAACUGAAGAUUCUUUUGAAGAGGAUAGGAUAAUAGCUUAUGUACCUGGCACAAGCUUUUCAAAAAAAAAAAAUUUUUUAAUAGAAGAAGCAGAAGUUUAAUCCAAAAGCUCAUUCUAAGUGUUCUGAUUAUAAUUGUUCAGAUAUUGGAAGGCAGAUGUCACUUGGGCACAUUUCCUCCAGGGAGAUUGUGGCAGUCAACUGAUAAGAUAAUUAAUUAUCUUUUUGGAGGUAGCCUUAAGUACGCGCUCAGAGAUAUAAAGACUUCAAGUCAAUGCUGCAGUCAAAAUUUUGUGUAAUUCCUUGCUGUGCUCUAGCAAUUUAUCCUGAGGUGGCAUACAUUCUUUAAUAAGAGGGAUCCCAAGGAAAUCUUGGAACCAAGAAUCGAGUAAAGGCAUGGUCUCUGCAUCAAUCAGCUUUAUGCCUAUGAUUUCCCCAGUCAUUUGAGCCCAGCAUCCAAUCCAGCCAGCAGCAAUAUCAACAAAGCCUAUUGUUUCACCCCCAAUAAAGCGCUUCCCCUCAAGACCACUUUCAAGAAUCUUCAAAUUCUCACAAGCUUCUUUCACAGCUCUCUCUUGUUCCUCCCCCUUUUUGCUAAAUGCAGCCAUCAGUGCUGGCACACACUGAAAAGAGUAGACUGAUUAAUGUUUUUAGAGUUUGAAAUAAGAAUUUGCUAGUCUAUGCUAGUUAGCUUAGAUGGAAAUCUGAACAUUAGGCCCACAACAAGGAUAAAUUUUUGUAUAUGCCAGUCUUGUGAGACCAUUUUGUGGAACCCACAUGUCAGUUAAACAAUA